GCGACGCGUUGGACCGCGAUGCAACGACCGGGCUCACAGUGCGUGUGGUCGCUUCGCUCAUGCUACGUCGCGGCGUUGUCGCCCAGCAUCGAGAGCUCAUUCCAUUGUCGUCCGUGGUAGCCGCUUAGGAUUACGAUCAUUGGACGCCGACGCGGAACCCACAACAGGUAAGACAUCCUGUUUCCUCCUGGGACUCACUCAUCUGCAACCAGCCCGGCUUCCUGACGCUCGCGGGACCCGGUGGUGGCAUGGCCGGAGCAGGCCGGCUGCAGCAGCGGCAGCAGCAGCAGCGGCAGCGGCAGCAGCAGCGUCAUGUGGGGCGGCCAGCCUAGCGGCCCCGGCGCGGCCGGCCGCUGGGACGCCGCAGGCGGCGGCGCCGUGGUCGAGGCGCUCAAGGCGGCCGCCGCCGCCGGAGGCCCCGCGGGACCCCCUCCGCCGCCCCCGCCACAGCAGCAACAAGGGGUGGCGGGUGGCCAGGGCGGCCAGGGCGGGCCGGGCCAGGCGUGCGGCGGCGGCGGGCCCCCGUGCGGCGGUGGCGGGGGCGGCCCCCCGUGCGGCGGCGGCGGGCCCCAGGGUCCGCCGGGAGACGUGGGCCAGCAGCACCCGCUCUACCAGCAGCAGCAGAGCGCCUACGAGGACGCCCAGGGCCGCUGCUGCGCCGGGUGCGGGGCCAAGAUCCUCGACCGGUACCUGCUGCACGCGCUGGACCGCUACUGGCACAACGGCUGCCUCAAGUGCUCCUGCUGCCAGGCCACGCUGGCCGACAUCGGCGCCUCCUGCUUCGCGAAGGCCGGCAUGAUCCUCUGCCGAAACGACUACAUCAGGUUGUUCGGCACGUCGGGUGCCUGCUCGGGCUGUGGCCAGAUGAUCCCGGCCAACGACUACGUGAUGCGGGCCGCGCAGAACGUCUACCACGUCAAGUGCUUCGCCUGCGUCAAGUGCCACAGCCAGCUGGUGCCUGGCGACCGGUACAACCUCGUCAACGGGAACGUGCUCUGUGAGCAGGACUGCCUCAAGAUGCUCAAGGGCUCCCCGGCCACAGUGCGCAAGGGCAAGGUGCGCGCCGCCAUCAAGGUGUGAUGACGACGCCUCUCCUCCACGCGCGGCCCGCUGCCGUCAGCGAGCGCGCACGCACAACCUCCUCCUCCUCCCGGACCCCCAAGGCUCCCUCCCGACCCUCGCCCCGGACCGCGACCCUUUGCAGCGCCUGCAUCAUGUGCUUCUUCUACCCGGGUCCCAGGGGGAGGUCACAAUCAGCGGCGGCAACAGCAGCAUAGGCACCGGGGCUCCCCCGCUGCCGCUCUGCUACUACAGCCUUUCCACGUCACGCACCAGCAACGUGGGGGGAAACGUGGGGAGCAGCCUCUCUGGCCGCCAUGUCGCCGAGUGUUUUUCGAAUCUAAUUGUCAUCCACCUGGAGAGAGCGUGUCAUCCGUUCUGCGGACAAAGAAGGAAAAAAAAAAUACAACUGGCUCACUUACGACAAAACACGGCAGUGGGUCGCAGCGGAAGGUACUUGGGAAUGGCGAAGAAAUUCGGCGGUGGUGUCGCUGGAACCUUAAUUUUCAUUGGAGAGAUGGUUACACCGGUAGGCCACCUGUAGGCGUUGGGACCGGGGAAGCAGGUUCCAGGGUUGUCCUGUGGUACGCCUGCGUCGCCGUCGCUAGUGAACGGUGGUCGUCGGUCGCCGCGCCGUCGUUCUGGGGCGUUGGCCGAGCAGCUUUGUCUCUUCGGGGUGGCCUGCAAUAAGAAUGCCAUCCGGCGCCGUGCAGCAGGCGCCGUUCAAGCUUUCGCCACGGAAGCCGCACAAGAGGGAGUAGGAGGAGGAGAAAACCACUGCGAGACCCGGGAGUGCAGCUCUCGAAAGCAUCUGGAAAAACCACCCCUUCAUCAGACAUCUACGAGACAUUCUGAGCUUUAUUGUUUCAUGCUUUUUUUUUAUCCCCCUUCCUGCUUUUUUUUUUCGUUCUGUGGUGUGGAAACGAAAAGACGGUACAUCUUGUUCCUCUUGUACUUUUUUUUUUUUUUGUACAUACGCCUUUACUUCUAUCAUAAGAUCUAAGAUCUGAUCUGUGCUUGUCAUGCCAGUCCAGCAGCGAGAAAGGAAACAAACACAAAAGCCACUCCACUUGUCGUACGCGGCUGUAGCGCCAUUCUUUGUCUGACAGAGAUACAACAGGUUCGUCAAGAGUUCGCGCAGUCUGAAUACUGAGACCGCUAUGCAACUACAAAAAGACCGGAAGGGACGCGUUAAAAAGCCGCGAGAGACGUCGGGUCGGAAGACAAUGCUCGACGACAUCGAGUGGCACAAUUCAGGCUCGCGGGGCGACAGUCGCGCUUUUCACGUUCUUCAGGGAUUGAGUUGCUUGGAUUCAGCGAGUUCGAGUUGGCCCGUACAGAGAUGCCUUCCCGACAUGCCACGGUCCUUCCCCGUCGCGCGUUCUUGCAGGAGCCGAUUGACUUGGUACGUUCGUCGUGGAAUUCAGGGGGAGAGAGAGAGAGAGAGGAAACACUUAGCAAGAGCACGCCUUGGUUUCUUUCAGUGUGCAGGCGCAUUUUGUCAUACCAGCUACCCAUCACUUCUUUUUCUUUGCAUGUAAUUACUUGCGAUCGCGAUGUCCCGUGUGAGCGAACUUCGCUCACGUGAUCAAUUCGUGGUUGGAUGUCAAUGUUUUAUUUUAUUUUAAUUUUAUUUUUUAGAGAAAAGGACUGGAUGUAAAGUUUCACGUGCAAAGCAAGUCACUAUAUUUGUCCAAUAGAGGUGCGGAAAAAAAGGUAAAAAAAAUUCGGCGUCCUUCAAAAUAGUGAAAUACCUGCUCUAUAAGGGAAAUGUUGCCACACGCUUUCUGAAAAAAAAAAAUGAACAGGAAAAAGAAAGUUAGGGGUGCAACAGCAAAAGUAGAGAGACCUCUGUAUUAAAACGCAGUGUCUCUUUUUUUCUUCAUUUUCUUCUUUCUUUAAUGCAUCUAGUUUCUCUCUGACUUAAGCCUUGUAGAGCACGUGACGUUUCCGCGUAACUUGUGCGCUCCAACAACCAGAGGCACUCUGGUUCGAAACGUUGUUCGGCCUGGCCGAGUCACCGCGGUAUUGGUCGCAGGUGUGCCCUCCUCCCGUGCUAUAUAUAUAUAUAUAUAUAUAUAUAUAUAUAUAUAUAUAUACACGACAGGAAACAAUGAUGAUGAUGAUGAUGCGCUCUUUCAAAAAGAGCGGCACACACACACGUGCGCGUGCCCACUCGCACGCGCAGACACACCCUCCGCGGUACACGGCGCAUCGCGCUAAGCGUUUACACACUCAACACAGCGGAGGAGCAGCAGUUGCUCCAGGGCGACUGGAGCAGGAGCAGAAAAAAAAGCAAUAUGGCCGAAAACAACAGUUCUCGCAUCUUGUGAAUACCGUGUGUGGAAGUGCAAAAAAAAAAAAAAACGCGAUUCCUCAUUUUUAUAUAUAUAUGAUGUAUAUCGUCGCUGUUUUCUCACUCUCUCUUUUGUUUCUUCAGAGUCCUAAAUUUAUAUUUCUUUUCAAUUUUUUUUUUGUGUCACGUGAAUCAUCGUAGAACGUAUAAGUUCGAUGUUCUAUCGCUGACAGAACAGUGAACGAAAGAAUGAACUAAGAGAAAAAAAAGUGAUGACAAAAGCAGCGAUUCAAGCGUGCUUAUAGCCCCUGGAAAUCUUUACAGAUGCUUUUUUAUUUGUCGGAUUUUCCUUUCUCAUUUGAUUGUAUCGGACUUGUUAGGCCUUGAACCUAUUGGUCGUUUCUUCGACGCGACGAAGUGAUCUUCCUCCGCCUCCCGGAGGGCACAUGAAUGGCGACACCCCCUCCCCCCCUUUCCGUCUGUCUGCAUCAUUGUUUAAAGACCACAGUCACUUUACUUCUUUGUCCAAUUAUUAUUAUUGUCUCUCAUUGCUACUUUGAAUCUGCUUUUUUUUAUGUACCAGUGUGUCCCUUAUUUAAGAAGAGGCAGCCACCAGUUUUUUAUUGUCUUCCUUCUUUUUUUUUGGCAUUUGUGAUGUCAUUAUAUAAAUAUAUAUAAAUAAAACAUUUUAUUUGAAAUAAAAGGUUCGACUGCUGUGUAA